AUGGAGUUUCCCGAUAUGUUACCUCUACGGGAAACCGGUCCGUUCAGGCGCUGCACUGGAGCCCCGGAGGAGGCACCCCGCGGGCCUGCCAGUUUGCAGAGACCUGGAAAACUCCCCGACCUCUAUUUCUUUGGCAAAACGACACCUUUCCUCCGCAGCCAUUGCCAAGGGGGACGAUCUGUACUCCAGGCUGGUCGUGAGCGCCAGACCACCUGCCCAAGGCGCCGACAGCCGGACUCCCAAGGGCUCGGGGGGUCCCGAGGGUGCCCCCCUCGAAUCAGCGCCCCGGCAUCGCCCGGAGCCGGCCGCGCGCUGCCCCGCCCGGCGGCGCGGGCUCGGGGCAGGACCUCCGCGGUCCCCGCGCUCCGGCCACGCCCCCGCCCGGCCCGCCGCGCCGGGAAGGCCCGGUACCGAGCGCGGCCCCCGGACCCGGAGCCGGCGAGACGCCGCCCGCGCCUGGGACUGCGCGCGAGGGGCGACCCCGCACCGGCCAGUCUCGUCCCCCAGGAAGCCAAGUCCUCCUACCUCCCCGGGGACCGAAAACUGCCGGUGCCGCCGCCCCCGUCGCCGCCGCCGCUCGCUCAUGGAGAGCCCGUGCCGCCGCCGCCGCCGCCGCCGCAUCUACGAGCACCGCCGGCGCUCUCGGCCUCCCCCGGCGGGAGUGCUGGGCUCCGGCACGGCCUCCAUCGCGCCCGCCGCGGCGGGACCCACCGCCGCGCCAGCGCCCAGGCCCGAUCCGAGCGGACCCGCGGAGCCAGGACCGCGGGGCGCGUAGCUGCUUAUUACGGAGGAAGAUUCCGCCUGACCUCCGCCCCCCUCCCCCCGGCCCCAGUCCCCGGCGGCCCGGCGGCGCUGCUGCGCAGGCGCGAAGCCGCCCCUGCCAAACGUGCGUGUGUCGGGUGUGUUUACAGCGUCCAGAUUCGCCCAAUGGAAACCGGGAUCAGAUCACUGGUACCAGAGGAAGCAAGCUGCCAUGUAGUGAGCAGACCUAUGGAGAGAUCCAUGUGGUGUUGCAAGGAACCAAGUCCCAUAAGUGGUUUACCCCCGGAGGAUCUGCAGCCUGCCAACAACCACAUUUUCCUCCAGUAUGUGAUCAUGUUGAGUCUUGAUGAAAUUUAAUUCCAAUGCACAGUGAAUACCAGCAGAAGCUCUUUGAGAAUGACUCUGAUGAUGAUGACAUCAUUAAGAAAGCCGGCGUUAAGUGGAAACAGAAGAACUGGAAUAGAUUUGCCCGAUUCAGAAUUAGAAAACCUGGGUUCCAGUGCUAGCUGUGGUGGUCAGUGGUUAUGGAACCUCUGGACAACCUUGGCUGUGCCAGUUACCAGCUGUGUGAUGGAGGCAAGUCCCAGGAUCCUGAGCAGGUGCUUUCUCAUCUGGAACACGAAGAGAAUUACUAAUUCUCCUCACUG